GUGAAUCAUUCAAAGGAAAGAGAGCGAGAAGGCGCUCUCCUUGGGAUCCGUCACUCCAUUCUCAUCCCCGCUCUCCACCUCUCGCUCUCAAACCCCACUCUCUUAGAUCCAGAGCAAGAACCAGAACUCCCAUUUCCUACUCCUUCCCUUCUCCUUCCGUAUAACCCUAGAGUUAGCUUCCUGUUCUUGGUUCUUGAUCGAUGGCCUUCGCGUUCGCGGGGAUUCGCUUCUCCGCCGUGCAAGCUCCGGGGCUGUCACGUCGGUCUGGGAUUCAUGGAGAUCGCCAGAACGGCGGGAAUCACUCACUCCUAUUCUUGAAGAAGGGUUCUUUCCCGCGGAACAUGCUUGGUGGAAAUUCUUCUUAUGAACCUGAUUCUGCAUCUAUGACUGUUUUUGCAUCUGGAAAGGUGUUGAUUCCAGGCGGUGAAAGUGAUGGUUUCUCAUCUUCUGCAGAUUCAACUGGGAACCCUGAAGUAGCUCCUGAUGACGUGCAGGUGCAUUCUAGGAUAGGCAACAUCCUUUUAUUUUAUGUCUACAUGGUCUUGCAAUGUUGUUCGCUGUGAUAUCUAGCUCAAUGACCAAAAAAUGGAAGAGGAAGCGAUGCUUUUAUUUAAGGAUAUAAUGUUUGUGAAUCUGCUGAGUCCAUAUAAUUUUCUUGAUUGUUUUUGCCAAAUAUUUGCUUUCAUAUGGAGUAUGGCCUUUUUAGGCCUCAUUUGGUUUUAGUCUUAACCCAAAAUUAUAUUAAAAUCUUAACACCUCCUUCCUCCCACAAGAAAAAAACCCUUUCCUCCUCCUCUUGCUCCCUUUUUUU